AUGUUAGAUCACUUAACGUGCAUUUAUGUCAAGAAUGUGAGUCCGAUAUCUGGUAGACUGAGUUUUAUAGGUACAUUUGCAUAUAGCUCCACAGGAAAACAGCAAUUCGGAGAAUUACUUAUGUACUUACGCAUUGCUAAUAUUCUAGAAGCUGUGCUCAGUGAAUGAAUGAAUACUCAUGCAUUGUAAUCACUUUGGUGGGCUUUGUUUUUUGAAUUUAGAAAAUUUUAAAAAUAUGAAAAACCUCAUAAUAUGCUUUGAUCAUUGAAUUCGAUGUUGCUUAACAUUGGCUGAAGCUUAUUGCUGUUGUGGGUUUGAAGUCUAAAGGCUUUAUCUUCUAUGGACAGGUGAAACAUGGGCCUUAUAUGUGGACUAGCACGAGGCAUCAAUGGCUUAAAAAGCGUUUCUUUUACUCUUUUGGGACUUUCGCUAUGCAUCCUCUCAAAGCAUUGAAAAGGGGACAUGCAUAUGGGGGUUCCCGUUUUUUAUGCAGUGUUUCCAACACAUCCUCUUUACAGAUUGAACUGGUGAGAUUUCUUUUGGGAAUCCAAGUCAGUUUUUUUUUUUAACCUAGUUGUGAUAGCCUUUCAACGAUUCAUAUGUGUGUGUGUGUGUGUGUGUGUGGAUCUUUUAGCCGAUACAGAUGAACAUUCAAGAAUAUGGAUACGGAAAUGCAUGUUGGAUUAUUAGCUUUUUACUUUAGAAUAUUUACACAUCGGAGAAAGAACCUCAGUGACACCAAACCCUUAUAGGGUGUUGUCCCUUUUUUAGCAGCUUUACAAAGCUUGGUCCACAUUAGUUGUUCUUUAUUUAAGAGCUAAAAUUUUACAUGUUUCUAAUUUUAUCUUAUUGAAGAAAACUUUUAAUUAUGAGUUGUAUUCAUUGAUAAAUUACUUUAUGAUCGCAGGUGCCAUGCCUCAGGGAUAAUUAUGCUUAUCUUUUGCACGAUGUAGAUACGGGUACAGUAGGAGUUGUGGACCCUUCCGAAGCUAAUCCCGUUAUAAAUGCACUAAAUAGGAAGAAUCAAAACUUGACAUAUAUACUUAACACCCACCAUCAUUAUGACCAUACUGGAGGAAAUAUUGAAUUGAAAGAAAUGUAUGGUGCAAAGGUACGGUUUAUUACAUGCAUACUCUAUUUACUAGGGUCUAUAUUUUCCUCUUUUUUUUCUUUUUUUUUUCCAUGUUCCUUGAUGUUCUCACGUUAAGCAAUACAUACAAAUCCAAUAUAGUAGUGCUGUGCAAAGUGCUUGGAUUCCUGUCAGCUUUUUUUUUUUUAGUAAAUUAUUUGUCGGAUCUUGGAGGGUAACUCAUAUUUAGUUCAUCUUAUUACGUUUAUACUUCAAGGGGAUUCUCUGGGUAAAACUGCUUCAGACAACCUCGAGAUGUCUAAAUCUGGAUAGUUGGACAAAGCUGUUCCCUCACCUGUCAGCAGAUUUAUAAUACUUCAGCUAAUCAGAAACGAUGAUCCAUCGCACUCCCGGGCCUCCAUCUGAUCCCAGCAGAUAACACCAUUUAAAACAAGAGCAGAUGCCUAUCUUGCCAUCAAUUGACUGUCUGGAGCUAUUUUAGAUAUCCGAUUACUAUUUAUGUCACAUUUGUCUUCUUUUAUUUUUUCCAUUCCCUUCCCCGACAUCAGGAUCUAUCUUCUGAUGUUCUGAGUGCAGGUAAUCGGCCCUCAUGCUGACAGAGAGAGAAUUCCUGGGAUUGACAUAGCACUCUCUGACCAAGAGAAAUGGAUGUUUGCAGAUCAUGAGGUGUUUGUGCUUGAAACACCUGGGCAUACACGAGGUUCUAUUUAUUACUUUUCUAGAGAGGAGAUGUGCUUGCCAUCUCUGCUUGAUUUGGAUAUUCUUCAUUGAGGAAAUAGUCUUUUUUGGAUCAAAAUAUUUGAUAUCUACAAUGAUUUGAACGUUCCUUUCACUGUAAUCUUGAACAGGUCAUGUAACCUACUACUUUCCUGGGUCCGGGGCUCUCUUCACUGGGGAUACCUUGUUUAGCUUAUCUUGUGGCAAGCUUUUUGAAGGAACUCCUGAACAGGUAUCAUUAGCUUGCCACGAGAUGGCCGACGGCUGGCGGUGUUCAUUCAUAAGAAGAUAGAGAGAGCUGCUCUGCUAUGUAAUAUGGAGGCAGUUUCUCAAUUUUUUUCUGUCUCAUUCAGAGCUUCGUUUAAGGAUUCUGCAAUCAUCCUGUCCUCAUGCACAGAUGCUGGCUUCGCUUCAAAGAAUCAUGUCCUUGCCGGAUGACACAGACAUAUACUGCGGUCACGAAUACACGCUGGUACUCUUCCCUGCGUUCUUGCCCAUUUAGGCAAUAUUUUUCCGACUUAGCCAAGUUUCUUCAUUGGACAGAGCAAUUCGAAGUUCGCCUUAUCUGUAGAGCCGACGAAUGAAGCUCUGAAGGCUUAUGCUACCCAAGUGGCGGAUCUUCGGACCAAGAACCUGCCCACGGUGGAAAUAAUCUCUGAUAUCCUUUUUUGAUAAGUCAACGCGGGAUAAAGCAUCUCAGUUCUGUCUUUCUUGAUACCGCAGGUGCCCACGACUCUGGGAAGAGAGAAGAUCUGCAACCCGUUCUUGAGGACCUUCAGUGCAGAGAUCCGCCAGACCCUCAGCAUCCCCGCGGACGCGUCAGAUGCAGAAGCCUUGGGGGUCAUCCGUCGUGCGAAGGAUAACUGGUAG